AUGCACGUUGCUGUGGCUAGCCCUCGCAACACCGACAGCAACGAACACAUACAUGCAUCUAAGGAUGCCGAGGACAACAAAAUCACUACGGUCAAGCCGGCGUCAAAGGACAAGCCAGCGUCAAAGGACGAGCCACCUGUCAAAGCGAGGAAGCCUCUGUCGUCCGCGACGAACACGGUUGCGCACGACGCGUCUGGCCACACUGUACGCCCGCAGCCACGCAAGGCACGGAAGACCGGGAAAACAGACAACGUCGAGGCCACAGGCACUAAGGAAGGCUCGCUCUCGGCGCGGCAUACAACUGGAGUAGAGAGCCUCCCAUCAGAGAUUCUCUGCGAGAUCUUCGGGCUGGCUAUCGCCGACGCCUCGGCGACGUGGGCGUCAAGCUGA